AUGGCGUUCUGCGCAGAAUGCCUGGAAGGGGCUCGGGCAAAGAUCCAGGAGCUCCUGGUGGCAGUUGGGCUUUCCGGCAUCGCGCAGGCGACGCACCAUGACUUGCUCGAGCUGGUUACGGAGCUGGAAAGCAUCCAGGAGAGCCGGGUGUCAGUCGACCAGGUUCUCCUUGCAGACCUCAUACGCAAGUACGACUCCCAGAUGCCAAGCCGACCCCAUCACAGACUACACGAGCACGUGCCUCUUGACCUACCCGUGGAGAACCGCGAGUACAAGAUGCUGCCGCUCCCGAGCGAGACCCUGCGGCCCAUCCUGGAAGGAACCACGGCCUCGGAGCUGCUGGGCCACUUGAGGGACGAGUUCGAUGUUCCGCUGCAUCCCCACUUCGUCCUGCGGAUCCUGGAGCUGUCCAUUGACCUUUACCAGAAGCGGGACCAGGCCUAUGGUCCCGUCAUGAAGCUCCAGGUCCCUGGUCUCCAGGUCCCUGGUGCUUCGGCCGCUCUGCACGUGAACGUCACUGAAAGCGGCAGCCCGGGUCCAUCCAGGAUUGUGGUUCUGGGCGACACGCAUGGGCAGCUGGCAGACGUACUUUGGGCCGUCUCAGAGCUUGGCAUCCCGAGUGAGAAGAACGUGUAUGUAGUCAACGGUGACAUUGCAGAUCGCUGCGACUGGUCGACGGAGAUCUUCAUGUUAUUCCUGACGAUCAUGUUGCAAUAUCCAAAUGAUCCGGUGGUUGUCAUCAAUCGCGGCAACCAUGAAUGUAUGACCAUCAAUGGCUCGCGAUGCGGCGGGUUUCAGUACGAGUUGCUGGAGAAGUACGGCGCCACUUGGGGCCCCUAUCUGCACGCGUUGUUCGGCCAACUUUUUUCCAUCCUCCCCGUAGGAACCCUGGUCAAUGACGCGGUUCUCAUCAUCCAUGGGGGAGUGGGACGAGAUCCGGAGAACCAGCUGACAAGGCUACGCGACCUGGACCCGACCUUGCGUGAGGCCUCCAUCAACCCAUGGGGUCUGGAGGGCGAUGUGGCCAUGGAUUCCCUGGUGGAUGCCUUGUGGUCCGAUCCCAGUGAUGUGCCGGGCAGCCGUGCCAAUGCGCGGGGAACCGGACACAUUUGGGGCCCUGACUACACGAACAGGUUCUGCCAAAGCAACGAUGUGAAACUGGUGGUUCGAUCCCAUCAAGUUCCACUGGACCAGAGUGGUGUGUACGUACACAAGGCCCACAAAGAGCAGGUGAUCACGGUCUUCAGUGCUUCCAACUACAGGGGCCGAAAGAACCGGGCGGGUGCGGUGAUCCUGCAGCCCGGAGCGAGCCCAGACCUCCUGGAGGCUUUGUGCCACAAUCUGGGCCAGUGCCCGUCCUGGCGGGUGCUUUCGAAGUCGGCAAACUUGAGGCGACCCCGCACGAGGCUGCAGAGCGACACUGUUGAUCAUGAGCUCAUCGCGGAGCUGCUCCAGCACGCGAUGGGCCUGCUGGCAGAAUGGCGUGUCCCGCUCUGGGAGGCUUGCACACGUGAAGAUCCGAAGCUGACAGGGGUGAUUCCUUUGUACUCUUGGCGGCGGAUCUGCCGAAGCACGACCAAGAUCUACAUCGACUGGGUGCUUGUGGCCCGCCUUGUGGGUGGGGCCAGCCAGAACAACUUGCGGUACAUGGAGACCCUGAACCGCUUUGGCUUCGAGAUUGCCUCGCAGGUCGUGGAAAGCCGGCUCGCCAGUUCGGUCUUGGCCUCUAUCUACCUGACGAUGAUGCGUGCAGACGAGUCGCUGCAGCAUCUCAUGGGCAGCCUCUGUCAGGCGGGCCAGCGGGCUGCGCCGGCAAGAGAACUAUUGGAUGGUCUCUGUGAAAUCCUGCGUCGAAAUGACGUGACCGGUGCGGCACUCGAGCUGCAGGGUGGACAUGAGUUGCAAGGCUCCGCCGACCGUUUGCCGACAGGACCUGAGAUGGCUGCCGUGCUGCGCAGCAUGGAAGCUCACAUUGGCAGUCGACGGACAUCCUUAAUCGAUGUUGCUGACUUUCUAUCUGCUUGGCGAUGCGCAGCAGGCGUCUCUGCGGAGCUGACACGUGAACAGUCGGAGCUUUCGACGAAGAUCUCGCGGCUCCUGGGCCAUGACAAGCGCUGCCGCAAGAGGAUCAGUAGUUUGGCUCCGGCUUCGUCCACAACCCUGAUGGACUUCUUCACCCUGGCAGAUACCAAUGGUGACGGAUUCAUGUCCAUCGAGGAAGGCUUCGAAGCGCUGAUGAAGCACAUGAAGCAGACGACGGGGCGGGAGGCCACGGCGGCAGAAGCUGCGGAACUGCGAGGAGUGCUGCAGGUCGCCGAUACGACAGGAACAGGCAAAUUGAACUACUUGGAGUUCUUGCUCCUGUUUGACCGACAGUCGCCCCGCUCGCUGACACACCAAGCUGUUCUUGAUCUUCUGUGCUUCCAGGUCUGGGCACACCGCAACGCCCUGUCGGGACUCUUCCGAUACAUUGGCCGCAAUGGCCUCAUCACUCGAGACCAGGUGAAGUGGAGUCUGGAAGCACUGAACUCCUCAAUCAACGGAGAACUGUUGCAGGCCAACAUCGAGCAGAUAGUGAAAGCAGUCAAGUUCAAAGAUGACUUGGUUGCUGGGGAGGAACUUCUCAACGUCUACAUACCUCAAGGCUUCCUGUGGCAUCGGCUCUUUGCGGGUACGUCGCACUCCUGUGGGAUCAUCGAUACCGGCGAGACCCUGUGCUGGGGUCGAGUCCGAGAAGGGCAGUGCGAUGUGCCACGUGGAUACAGCUUCGUGGAGCUUACCCUUGGCGAGGCAUUUACCUGCGGCCUCACGGUGAAUUCCGAGCUCCUCUGCUGGGGGUCCAGCCUCGACUUCGAGCUGGACGUGCCGCCGGGCAACACGUGGCUGCAAGCGGAUGCUGGAACCGUGCACACAUGCGCAGUGAACGCUACCGGAAAGAUGCAUUGCUGGGGCAAGCAAGGCUAUGGGAGGCAGGCGAUUCCGUACCAGGAAGAUGACAACGUGCUUUGGGAGGAGGUGGCAUGCGGUGAUAGACAUUGCUGCGGCAUUGUCGCCCAGACUUCGUUACAAGCCUUAAGCUUGCGUCAAGAGGACAAUGUCAUCUGUUGGGGUGAUGACUCAGAGCUGCAGCUGCAGGUGCCGGGGAAGGACCAGGGCCGAAGCGGCGUGCAGGAGACCUUCAGCUCCAUCUCAGCUGGCAACUUCCACACCUGUGGUCUAACGCUGGGCUUGGAGGUGUGGUGCUGGGGCCGCGUCAGCCUGUAUCGCUUGGACUUCAGGACGCCCGGAAACGCCACGGCAUUGAGUUGCGGUGGCAUCCAUGCCUGUAUACUGGAUAUAGACCAGAAGGCAAGGUGCUGGGGCAGCGACAACGUUGGACAGUCAGGUGUGCCCCUGGACGCUGCCACCUACCCGCCUUCGAUCUUGGACUACUCGAACGAUCCGCUGGACAUCAAUGGAGAGGAUCCCUCCAUGCGCAUCUACGAAUACAUUCCCGGCUAUUCCACGCCCCUGAGGACGAAGCAGCACAUUAACAUGGCAAUCUUCUUUGCGGAGUUUGCCCUGGCCGGCUCGCCAAUGUUGACGUUCACGCACAUCGACGGUUCGCCGGACCCAUACUCUCCCCAUGUGAUCGAGUUCCCGGCCUCUUGGAAUGCGCCUGUCAUCAAUCAGCUGAACAUCUCAGCCUUUGACUUGUCACAUUGGUAUGACCUGCGCUUGGGGCCAUCUCCCGCCAUUCGCAACAUCACGUCGACGUAUGUCAACGGAACGACCCAACACCAGUUGGUGGAUGGUGGCGCAUACUCUGUUGUGCUCUCGUACCAGGAUUCGUUCGGCCAUCCAGCAGCAAUACAUUGGCUGCAAAGGUAUGAGGUGUCCUACGACUUGCAGACCCUUCCGCCGACGCUGCUAGCACCAGCGCCAGGCUUCACGAAGCAGGCGCUACAGGUGUCGUUCACCCUCUUGGAGGACAUGUUCCCAGAGUCAGUGUGGCUGACCAUGACCUUCGUGGGGACCUUCCCGGGCUUCGGCCAACAAGUGCAGGACGCCGACUCCCCCUAUGAGAUCCAGCUAGCUGAGGAGCUCACUCUUCGGGGGACCUACACUUUCGACCUGAACUUGGGCGAGCUGAAUGCAGACUUGGCUGGAAGGAAGUCACCGUACGUGCGCCGUGUUCUCACUGCCAGUGGCAUCGGAGGACCUGGCACACGCCUAACCACUGGAGGCCGCUACAAUAUAACCUUACGGGUUGCUGACCGCUACAACAACGCGCCGAUGUUUGACCAAGUCUCCGACGUUGAUUUCGUUUGGGACGUUGCAACGGAAGUGACGCAAGUUGCCGAACCUACGACUGUGCUAAACAGCCCCCUUGUCAUCGAGUAUACCUUGACAGAACGUGCACAGCCAGGCUCACUGCGUUUUGACCUCAUCUGGCUACGGAGCUUGCCUCCAGUUCCUGGCAUGCCCAGCCCGAAGGAAGACCUUCAAAGUCCGCAUAGCUUCGUGGUCUACCCCGCAAAGGAGCAGUCGGUUCUUGACGGGACGGCUUUGAACGUCCUCAGGUUGAGUCCUUCCAACCUGUUUCGUGACAUCAACAAUGAGGCUCUGGCUCACCCGGACAUCAGAAGAUUCGAAUCUACAGGAACCCCCGUCUAUUCCAGCCUGCAGCCGCUCUCAGAGUACCUCUUGUCCAUCUCGUACCAGGACCUCUUCGAGAACCCGAGGACAUACCUCAACCGCACGCUGCAGACGAACUUUACCGUGCCGGGCACGCCACAACCGCCGACUCUCAAGAGCAGGACGACGAGUUCCUUGGAAGUUGCCUGGGUUCGCGGCUUCACAGGCGGCUUGCGUAUCACGACCUUUGACCUGCAGCUUCAGAUGGCUCCGGGCCCACCGACGCCCUGGUGGAACGGCAUGGGGCUUGGAAUGGUGGCUUGCUCCACUCAGACAAUCACGGCGCCGCCGGGUCUUGUGGCCGAUGCAACAUGGCCCCGGUCGCCGGUCCCUCUGCAAACGACGCCCAUCUCUUCUGUCUCCGUGCCCUGCGCUCCACCGUCCGACCCGCCGCCGGAGAUCGCAGGCUCGGAGCCUCGUGCGGCCCCGGGCUGGGAUCCCAGCUCAGGAGGUUUUGGCAGUGAAGAGGAGAGGGAGCCAUCCGCGCCUCCGCGCCCCCCAGGCAUCCUGCUGCCCAUGUCCGAGGAGGAGAAGCAGCGCAUCUUGGCGAAAAGCAAGAAGGGUAGAAGGGCGCACAUGGACUGGACCCUGUGCCGCGCUGUGGGGGUUGAUCUUUUCCGGGUGGCCGUAUAUUGGCUAACAGAAUACAAGAACGGCACUUGUGAGAAGGGCGUGGCUAAGAAGGAUCAAGUCAUAGGACAGUGCCAGCGAGAUAAGGAGGCCUGCUUCAGAGAUCUAGGUGCAGCUGAGACUCGACGUGAUUGUCAGCACUUGCUGGCCAUCGUGGCUGGUUUUCUUGGUGGUUUGAUCUGCGGCGCCUUUUUGAACAACAGGCUGGAGAUGUCAAUGUCGACCCCGAACCCUCCGCAGUGGCUGCAGCAAGACGGCGCGCUCGUGCGCUUCCGGGAUGAUCCAGAUCUUUUGCACUUUCGCGAAGUCGUCAAGUGCACAGAGGGAAACCACUGUUUCGUCCUGACUCCCGAUCGGGACUUGAACGAGGUGGACCUCGAGGAGGGUAACAUGUUCGUGGAAGUGAAGAGGAUGCAGCCAGGCCGACUGCCGAGAGGCAUCCGUGAUGCCGACACUUACCUGCCCCGACACAGCGGUGGAGGAGAGUUCACUGCUGAAGAGCUCAGACACUACGCCCAGGUCGCUGAGAAGCUCAGUAAGGGCGGCGGUGCACAUGUUCGACGUGUGGGCAAGGUAGGGACAGGAGGACUGGAUGUGCUACCUGGCGGCGCGCAGCAGCCGGCAGCCCAGCCACUCAGCGAGCUUGCCUGGAUGCAGGUCUUUGGGGGCUCUCCUGGCUCUUUGGGAGCUGAGGUCUUUCCGCCCCCCGACAGUGCAAUCGUGAACGCUGGGAGUGACAAGUACACGAUCUUCGUUGAUGGCUUGCAGGGAGGCCAGGUGGUGCUGGCGAGACAAGUGUCGCGAGCUGGUCUUGAGGCCGCAAAGAGGCUCUUGUCGCCUCCUGACAACAAAGGAUCUGAGAGGGAUGUGCGGGUGCUGCCCGUGCUUUUCGACUCUGCAGAAGAGCGGUGGCGCACUGUGGCAGAAGCGGUGCCGGAAAGCGAGGAGGUGGACUAUGAGGACUUCCCUCUGGCUGGGCCCCGCACCGUGAUGCGAGACAUGCGUCAGUUGAGGCGGGCCGGACAGGACUUCCUGCAGCACCACGAGAGCUGGAUCAAGAAGUCGGGCGUGCGAUCAACGGACAGGUCAGUGCAUGAGCAUUCUAGUUUGUGCAGGGCUUUGCAUCUCAUGAUCUGCUACGACCAGUUGAAUGCCCCCGCCCUCGCAGCUGCAGAGGCGUUAAGCAGGCGCCGGGCACUCAUUGAGUUCGCCCACCAUGGGCGCCCCGAGGCGCCCAGCUAUGAGGGUGCUGAGGACCUGCUUGGUGUGCGGGAGGCCAGCGACGGCGCCAUGAUCGACCCUGCUCUCACCUCUUUUGCCGCGAAGAAGGCAGCCAGCAAGGCCGAGGUCCUCAAGCAACAGCGCUUGGCUGCCGAAGAGAAGCGUCAUCGGCGCAACCAGGCUGCUGUGACAGAGGACGAGGCCACUGUGCGAAGUCUCAAUCAGAUGGCCGGUUUUGUAGAUGAGAAGUCUUGGCCUGUUGAGGACAUGAGUGACCAAGAAGCGCUUCGGCAGCUUCUGGCAAGAAGGGCUGGUUAUGGAGACAGCCCAGGGGCACUGGCUAGUUUGGUCCUAGAGCGUUUAUCUCUUCCCCGAGGGCAGAGUGAACCAGUAAGCCUUCUAGACGUGUUGCCGGAAGAUGAGGUUCGCAGGGUCCAAAACUUUGAAGACGACAUGAUGCUCUCACCAGAAGAAAGGGCUGCAGUGCUUGAGCAAGGCCUUGAGGGAGAGUGUCACAUCGACCCAGUCUUGCUGCAUGAUACAUGGCUGUAUCAUCGGUUCAUUGCCGAGCUCUAUAGCUGCAACCUUAUACACUUUACCGUCAAACCUCGUGUGCAGAUUGGUGCAUUCGUUGUUACAAAGAAAAACAACAAGCAACGACUCAUCAUUGACGCCAGAAGAACAAAUCGUUUGUUUCGUACCCCUCCCUGCACGCUCCUCGGGUCCGCAGAAACCUGGUCGAGGCUGGAGGAGCUGGCAGAGCUGAUCGACCUGAGCGCGGCGCCCAUUUAUCCGUGCAUGGCCGUGUUACCCAUGGGCUUCAGCUGGGCUUUCCACUUGGCACAUAAGGCACACGUACAUAUUGCUUCCUCGGCUUUGCCUCACGUGAACCUUAUGCAAGAUCGUACACCGAUCCCAAAGCUGGGUGCCAAGGGAGAGUCCAACACCACGGCAAUGUUGAUUUAUGCAGACAACAAUAAUCAUGUGGGUACAGAUUUGGACAAGGUCGCUGCCGACCAGGACGCUGUCAUGGGUGCCCUACACCAGCGAGGCUUGGACACUCAUGACGUGACGGAAGCUGCUAGCCUUGCAGAAAGUCUUGGGGUCAGAAUAGAUGGGAUGGCCGGACAUGUGCUACCUACACCAAAGAGAGAUUGGAGACUGGACAGAGCUUUGUCGGCGAUAUGUAGAGGAGUAAAGCUUUCCGGUCAGGAGCUACAAGUGGUGAUUGGGCACGUCACAGUCCGCUCCUUAUUGCACCGGGGUUUGAUGGGCAUCAUCCGCUACGCGUAUGCCUUCAUAGAGAAGAACUACACUCGCCGUACCCGAGUUUGGGGUAGUGUACUUCAGGAGCUUUACCAUUUUCGACACUUGAUGGUCUUGGGCUUCGGAAAUUUCAAGCAGGCGCUCGACACGAGCAUGGUCUUCGAGGAUCCCUUGACUGUCAAGCCCGAAGUUGACGGAGAAGUCAUGGGUCAUGUUGAGGUUGAUCCCCGCUUUCCCGAUGUCGAGCCAUCUGUCAUGAGUCAGGAGAAGUGGCGGCGAGUGUGGUGCUGUCCGGUACACCAUCGGGAGCCAGUUCACCUGAUAGAGGCGCGAAGCAUCUUAGGAGCAGUGAAGCACAUCGCUCGGGACAGUCGCCGACAUGGGCAACGUUUUGUCAUUUUGAAUGAUAACAUGUCCGUGGUCCUUGCGUUGCAGAAGGGGAGAUGCAGCUCUUUCAGUCUGUUGCGGCUCAUCAGAAGGAAGGUGGAGGUCUUCACCCGAGACGAGGCGAAGGCUGCAAACCGCCGCAUGCAGUCGUCCGGUCAGCUCCCCGAGAGGGACGUGCUGCAGAAAGAGAGAAGUUCGUCACCUCUGAGAUCGGGGAAGCCGAGCCGGGCGGACCUGAGGAGCCUCUUGGCAAGCCACAAGAGGCGGCAGCAAAGGGGCAUCCAGCGCAAGAAGAAGUACGAGGCUCGUUUGCGGGCGACCAGGGGGGAGCGUGGACUCCUGGAGCAGAGCAGCGUGCGAGAGCCGCAAAGGAAGGACUACUUGAGCAAGUUGGAGGGCUUCUACAGCUUCGUCGUCCAGUACGACCUCGCUCUGUCCAACGAAAAGGAGCUGGACGAAGCCUUGUGCGACUACGGGGACAUCCUGUUCCUAGACGGCUACGGCAGCAACUUCGGCGAGAAGCUGAUGGCGGCGGUCGAGUUCGAGCGCCCCGAGUUCGCCAGGAGCCGUGGCUUGGUUUCGCAGGAGUUUGAAGGGCUGGAGGAAGCUGGCCCCUGUGCAGACAAGAAUGCCCAUGCUGGAGUUCUUGAAAGGUGCGAUCAGCGGGGUGAUGCUGAAGAUGGGGCAAAGGAUGUCCUGAUGCCAAACCACGAGUUCGACAAGGCGGUAAUCGUUUUGGGGCCACUCGAGCGGGGGGAGUCGUCGAAGGCCGGGAUCUACGACGAGGUUCUCAUCCUCGACGAUGUUCGAGCCCCUUUCCUGCCUUCACUCCUACAUGCACAGGCGUGCAAACAGAGGAUGGAGAAAGGUGCGGAGGCGCCUUUGUGGGACUUUACGGCCAAAGCCUACCUCAAGACUUGGAGGGAGUGUGUCGUGGCAUUGGGCAUUCAGCAGCUUGCUACCAGCCCAUACCAGAACCGGCAUGGGGGAGCGAGCAGAGACCACUUGCAGCGACUGAGGAGCAUCGAGGAGAUUCGACGGAGGGGCAGAUGGGCAUCGGAGACCAGCGCCAGGAUCUACGACAAGCCUGGAAGGAUGCAGCAGCUGAUAUCCCAACACGAGGGCAAGUUCCGGGAUUUUGGGGAGAAUAUUCGUGUAAAUUUCGAACGCUUGUACCACAGUGGCAAUGUUGUGCUACCGCGGAGCAUCAAGGUGUUUUCAGAGCAGAAUGAUCUGGGGAAGCCAAAAGCUUGGAACGACAUCAUUAGCCAGCGUGCCACGCCUAGUGAGGUCAUGGGAGUAACAGGGUUGAAGCCGCGAGAUGAGAUCAAGGUCAAUGCAGCAAACAAUAUGCUUCAUGGCGCCUGCAAGGACAUGGUCUAUGCAGCAGGACCUCUCGACCGCAUCUACAUCUUGCUGGUCUGCGCGGUGGUGGAGAAGGCAAAAGCCCAAGGCAUCCCGUUGAAGGAUCUCCUGGCUUUGAGCAGCAGCCUCUCGGAGGUCCGCCUGCCCGACGCGGCGCUCAGCGUGGUGCGCCCGCUGCGUGGCAUGGACUGGGGUCACAGAGCGCCCUUUUUAAAAAGCCGUGCUGAAGUUGUGGGCAUCCGCAUGUCGAAGGAGGCCGAGUCGCAGCUUUCCUCGGACUUUAAGCGUGCAGCCCUACUUCUUUGUGAGCAGUGUUCCCGUGGUCGCGGCCCGGUGAUGGACGCAGAGGCGAACCCGAGAGAAGCCAGGGCCGGAUUCCUGCUGGAAGGUGCGACAAGCGCUGCUGCAAAGCAAGUGUUUGAGCUGUUUGAGAAUGUGAUGGUGCUUUCUGUAGAGGAUGUCUUGGGUACUGGCACCGAUGCCGAAGCAGCAGCAGAUGCUGCAUUGAGAGCCACGGCAAGUGUCAAGGAGCAGGUGGUCGUCGGCCAGGAGUCCGGCAGCACUGUUUUUCUGGGUGUCGUGAGCUCGCAGCACUACUUGGUUCGUGUCCGCGCCCGGAAUGCUUUUGGGCCAUCCCCUUGGUCUGAUUGGGCCUUGCUGCGAGUGCUGUCAGCAUGUCCUGAUGGAAAAGCUCAUGACGGGGAGGCCUGCGAUGAUGGCAACACUGUGAAUGGUGACGGCUGCAGCAGCAACUGUGAGGUGGAGAUGGGCUGGAUAUGCGAGGCAGCCACAUCUGGAGACUACGCUGAUGGGUGGGGCCUGGGGAUGUCCAAGUGUCGCGCGGCCGGCAUGGACGGUUUGCGCGUGGGAGAUGAGGAAUGCGACGACUGCAACAAUCAGGCCGGCUAG